GCGCCGCCGUCGCCGCCGGGCACCCGUGCCAGCGCCCAUGAGCCUCCUCCGCGCAGCCGCCGUCGCCGCCGGGCCCGCGCCGCACACUCCGAUCCGGCUGCUUGCGAGAAGCCUGGCCGCCAUGGCGGAGCCGCUCAAGUCUGUGGAUUACGAAGUGUUCGGGAGAGUGCAGGGUGUUUGCUUCAGAAUGUACACAGAAGGAGAAGCUAAGAAAAUAGGAGUGGUUGGCUGGGUGAAGAACACAAGCAAGGGCACCGUGACGGGUCAAGUGCAAGGUCCCGAAGAAAAGGUGAAUUCCAUGCGAGUCUCAGUUGGUAAAGUGCCUGCCUGCAGGCAUGAGGACUUGAGCUUCAUCCCAAGAGCCCACGUGAGGAAAAUGCUGAUCAUGGCAACCCCAGGGCUGCAGAGGCAGAGACUGGGCCCACUGGCCAGCAGAGCCUACCUGGAAGGCCUGGCUAAGCAAGGUUGGGAGCCCUAGUUCUCGCAUCGACCGGGCAGACUUUUCUAAUGAAAAAACCAUCUCUAAAUUAGACUACUCUAAUUUUAGUAUUCAUUAUUAAUGGAAGAAAAAUAACAAUUGUAAUGCCUACAUUGCAGAAGAUAAAACAUAUUCUUAAAAUUCAUAGUAGUAGAAUUAAAAAUGGGAACUUUCUGUUCUGGAGACCUCAGAAUUAUAUGUUACUAAAAUGUCUGAAACUGAAAAAAAAUGUUACCCACCUAUGUUUUUAGCAAGCAGAAGCCAAGUAUUAUAAAAUAAAAUGUUGCUGUUAAAUAUCUGCUGUGAUGAUUCAAGCAAAACCUUGUCUUAUGGAGGGAGUCACUAAUUUCAGAAAACAUUGUAAUGUAUACAUGUUAUUCAGCUAGACAUAAAAUGAGGUUAACUAUCUAAAAUUAUCUUUAGAUACUGUUGCCUAAUGUGAAUUUUAAUGUUAUGUGAAAAUAAUUUACUACUAAAGUUGAGUAAUUUGUACUGUUAUGGAAGUCUUAGAAUGGCUAAAUAAAUUUGUGUGGUGAUCACUGUAACCAGAAAGUAACAGCAAUAAAGAGUUAGUGUGUAAAAUUCUUGUGAAAUCCAGGCCUGGUUCGGGACUGAGCUGGAGCUAUUUGGCGUGUUCAACCUCGCUGUUCUGUGGAGUGGAGAGGCAGGCUGGGUGACAACAGCUAGAAGACCCUGCUUCGGUCUAGAAAGCUUCAAGAUUCAUAUCUGCUCCCUUCAGCUGCAAUCCUUUGACAAAAAACACUGAGAAUCUAAAUGAGUCACCUAAACUUGAACUAUCACUUGGGGUCUUCAAAUGAUAAUCAGCCAACAUAAUAUUUGAAGAAGGGGGUUAGUUUCUAUACCAUGGAAUUAUAAUAUUGAAUAGAAAAGACCUUUAAUAGAAAAUAGUAUUUCAAAUGUGCAUAUAAUACAUAUGUUCUUCAAUGAUUUCUUUAUUGGUUUUCGAGAUUGGGUUGCUCUGUGUUGUUCUAGUUGUCCUGGAACUUGCUCUGUAGACCAGGUUGGCCUCAAUCUCAGAGAGUCAGCUGCCUCUGCGUCUCAAGUGCUGGAAUUAAAGGUGUGUGCCACCACUGCAA